UGCACUUCCCGCUUCUCUCGCUCCUCCUGCUGUCUGAAUCAUCCUUCCCUUACAACCUUCGACUUUCUACUCAAACCUCCAACGCAACGCAGCGCAACGCAACACAAACCUAACCCCUCCUCUUGUCUUCUUUUUCUGCGUCAAUUCAAUUCUCAUCGGAUCGAGUUUGCAAAUUACAUUUGGAAUGAGUUGCAAUUCCUUGCCCCUUGUAGUUUUCACAGGCGAAAGGCACCAGGGUCUUAAUUAGGAAAGGGUUUGCUUUUGAUUAUUGUUUGAGUGUUGCACACUCGUCGUUGGUUUCAUUAGGAGACAAGUCAGAAGCAGUGUUGUUAACAUACAGUGGUGUUGAGUUUGUUGUGGCGCCUAGAUUAUGUAGCGUGUGGAAAAUGUGAUUCUUGGUUGCAUUACCAUGGAAAAGAAAGAAUUAGAGGAGACAGAUGAGCGAAGUCCUCGGGCCGUUGGAAAGAUAGAAGGGGAUUUGAGUGAAGAACAUAGGGAAAAACACUCAGUGCGGGCAGAAACUCAAAAUGUAGACUGUGAUUGCUCUGAGUUUGGGAAUGAUCAGCAUAUUGGUCAUGAUGCCCUCAAGUUUGAUGAUGAGCAGCAUAGUAUGCCAAACAGGGUGGAUGAGGUGAUAGAUGUAGAGUUGAAUAUUCAAGAGGAAAGAAAAGACAAUGUAGCCGGAGAAUCUCAGUUGGGUCGGAGGUUGGGGGAUAGUUGCGAUUUGCUGUGUGGACCUCAACAAGAAAACUUGGAGACCGGUACGGUUCCAGAUGACUUGUUUCAAAAGGAUCAUGAUAGUGAUUCCAUGGAAUCUGGAAUUGAAGUUAGCAUUGUUGGACAAGAGUGUUCAGGUGUUAAGGGAGACAGUGGAGAUUUUGAGCCUAAAAGUCAAGAAGUAAGCCUAGAUAAUAGUUUUGUGCGGCAGGGUUUGUUCAUAGAGAAGGAUGACAGCAGAAGCGUGGGAUCUGCACAAAUGAAUCAAAAAACAGAGAACACUUCAGAGGGCAAUAAUUUGGAGCCUGAUGUUGGUGGAGCUGUGGUUCCUGGAACUGAAGCUGGCUGCAGCACAUCUAUGGAUACUUUGCACACCAAUCCGGAGAAUCUACGUGGGGUUGAGAAGACAAAAUCUCUUAGAGACUUUGUUAAGGAGAAAAGUAUAAUAGCAGUGUCCAUGGUGCUUCGCCGCCUUUCUGUAAAAAGAGACGAAUAUACUGUGGUUAAAUCUGAUGACAUGGGUAAGGACCCUUCAUAUUUAUCAAGAGAAAGUGAUACGAAAGAGGUUCCUGAGAAGACAGUGGAGAAAACAAUUUGGAAUCCCUUAAAUUAUAUUAAAACGUCAUCUGUUGAUGCUGAAAAUAGAACUGUCUCAAGGGAGGAACCUAUAAAUGAAGGUCCAUCACUACCCAUACCCAUGAAAGGAAGGAUUAUAUUGUACACAAGACUAGGGUGCCCAGAAUGUAAAGAAGUUAGGAAAUUUUUGUAUAUGAAAAGGCUUAGAUAUGUUGAAAUCAACAUUGAUGUCUUUCCUAGUAGAAAGAUGGAGCUGGAGAAGAAUUCAGGAUCUACUUCUAUUCCCAAGGUUUUUUUCAAUGGAAUACUUAUUGGAGGCUUGAGUACACUAAAGUCCUUAAGUGAGUCUGGCAAACUUAAUGAGAAGAUUGACUACCUUAUUAAUGAAGCACCAUCAUUUGAAUGCCCAGUUCCGCCACUUUCUGGAGAGGAUGAUGUGUCCAGUAGAGGGGCGCUUGAUGAAAUGGCUCUAAUUGUCCGCAAAAUGAAAGAAUGCAUUGUUGUGAAGGACCGAUUUUGCAAAAUGCGGAGGUUUACUAACUGCUUCGUUGCUUCUGAUGCUGUGGACUUCUUAUCAGAAGAUCAAUUGUUGGAAAGGAAGGAGGCUGUUGAGUUUGCACGAAAACUUGCCAGCAAGCUCUUCUUUCAGCAUGUUUUUGAUGAGAAUCUAUUUGAGGAUGGUAAUCACCUAUAUCGGUUUUUGGAUGACGAUCCAACUGUGGCAUCUUUUUGUUACAACAUUCCGAGGGGGAUAAUUACUGUUAAACCUAAGCCUAUGACAGAAGUUGCAUCGAGGCUGAGGCUUUUGUCCUAUGCAAUGUUUGAAGCCUAUGCCUCUGAAGAUGGACGUCAUGUUGAUUACAGAAGUAUGCAUGGAAGUGAGGAGUUUGCAAGAUAUCUAAGAAUAAUAGAAGAGCUCCAAAGAGGGGAAGUAUGCGAUUUGUCUAGAGAAGAGAAGCUUGCUUUUUUUAUUAAUCUAUAUAAUAUGAUGACCAUCCAUGCAAUCUUAGUAUGGGGUCACCCUUCUGGAGCACUCGAAAGAAGGAAAUUAUUUGAAGACUUCCAAUAUGUUAUUGGUGGAUUCACCUACUCUCUUUCGGCCAUUCAAAAUGGCAUUUUGAGGGCGAACCAGCGACAACCAUACACCCUUAUGAAGCCAUUCGGUGCAAAAGAUAAACGUUUAAGGGUGGCCCUUCCUUUCCCGGAGUCCCUUAUUCAUUUUGCUUUGGUAUAUGGUACUCGAUCAGGACCCUCACUUCGGUGCUAUUCUCCCGGGGACAUUGACAGAGAAUUAAUGGAUGCAGCCCGUAAUUUCUUAAGAAAUGGAGGCCUUUCAAUAGAUUUUACUGCAAAGGUUGCACAUGCCACUAAGAUCCUUAAGUGGUUUAGUGUAGAUUUUGGUAGAAAUGAGGCAGAGGUCCUGAAGCAUGUGUCAAGCUACUUACAUCCUGCCGACUCAGAAUUAUUGUUGGACCUACUUGCCACUUCUGAGUUGAAGGUGAUUUAUCAGCCUUAUGAUUGGGGUUUGAACUGCUAGUGUGUUCUGUAAAAUUUUUGUCAAUAUUAAUCCUGUAUUCAUAGUAGCUGAUCCCUGUUAUACAAAGUAGCAUUAAAGUAAUCUAUACCAUAUGUUAAAUGUUUCUAGUUGAUACCUCUUUAUUGAAAGGUACACGAUGUAGGCUAAUAGGUCCGUAGACAAAAUUGAUUAUUAUUUUUCGUGCUCUCUCCCUGUCUAUAGUAACUCCUAGGUGCUAUUUUUUGAGGAAUGCAACUUAUACUGACCCAUCAGAUGUACA